UCGUAAGGUUUUCACAUCAGGGAGGGGGAAACAUUGUCGAGGGUGCCCCAGUGGGGAGGAGAUAGAGCAGAGAAGGCCAGGAGGGAUCCAGGUUGUGCCCUUUGCAGGGAAGUCCCCGUGUGAUGCCCAGUUUGGAGGCUGCACUGACUGCCAUAGGAGCACUGUGAUCACUCCCAGCACUGAUUCUCUCUUCCAAUGACGAUGCUCUGAUAUUUAAACAUGAAUUACACUACCAAGAAAAAAAAAAACAACAGAGAAAUCCCUCCCCCCCCAAACUACAUCUCCCAGUUUCCCUUGCAGCUCUGGGAAAUAAACUAUUGGCAGAUUUAAAUAGACCAGGCCAGAAGCAACCAACCUUUGGCACAAAGCAUUUCCCUCCUCUUCUUCCAAUCUAUUGGCUGUUUAACCUUUUUCCCUGGCACUGGAGUGGCUGCCAAGCCUGGCAUUAAUUUUCCUUCCAAGCUUGCUAGGCCCAUGAAGUAAACAGCCAUGUGCAUUCCUUACUCUAUAUUUAACAGCUGCAGACUGUGCUGGGGGCAACUGCAACAGAGGGGAACCUUCGUAGCUUCCCAUAUUCACAGCUUUGUGAGGGUGGGCGUGGGGAAGAUUUCUGCAGGGAGAAGAGGGAUUUCUCUCCUUCCCGGUAUUUGCAAAGCAGUUCAAUUAGAGACAGACUGCAAUGCCAGCAUCCCAGACGCGGUCCAGAGCGCGAGACAGGAACAAUGUCCUCAACAGGGCUGAGUUUCUCUCCUUGAACCAGCCCCCAAAAGGGACCCAGGAGAGCAGGAGCUCGGGCAGGAAGCAGAGCGGCCAAACAGCGGCGGCCGGCACCCAGAACAGCAACCCCAAGGAGCGGAGGCAAUCGCAGCAGCUGCCCGAAGAGGACUGCAUGCAGCUCAACCCCUCCUUCAAGGGAAUCGCCUUCAAUUCCCUGCUGGCCAUCGAUAUCUGCAUGUCCAAGAGGCUGGGGGUGUGUGCCAACAGAGCUUCGUCCUGGGGGGGUGCCCGCUCCAUGAUCAACCUGCUGGGGAUAACGGGGCACGGCAUCCCCUGGAUCGCAGGCACACUCAUCUGCCUGGUGAAGAGCAGCACGCUGGCGGGCCAGGAGGUCCUCAUGAACCUGCUGUUAGCUCUGCUGUUGGACAUCAUGAUCGUGGCUGGGCUGCAGAAGUUGGCCAAGCGCAAAGGUCCGUAUGACAUCAGCCCUGGGCUCUUGGACUACCUGACCAUGGACACCUACGCAUUCCCAGCCGGGCACGCCAGCCGUGCUGCCAUGCUGUCCAAGUUCCUACUCAACCACCUGGUCCUGGCCAUCCCACUCCGCAUCCUGCUGGUCAUUUGGGCCUUCUGCGUUGGCUUUUCCCGUGUCAUGAUCGGUCGGCACCACAUCACAGAUGUGCUCUCUGGGUUUGUGUUUGGCUACCUGCAGUUCAGGCUGGUGGAGUUGAUAUGGAUGUCUUCCAACACGUGUCAGAUGUUGAUAUCCAUCUGGUGAACGCGGGGGACUCGGUGCCUUUCCACCCAAAACCAGCAGAUACUUUGAGUCCCCCUUCCUGGUAUUUUUUUUACCUGUUGUUUGUUGGAAACAGUUGUAACUUCCAUGAGUAGUGGCGUUUUUUAAUGUUGCUUCCUUGCCUGGAAAAGAAAGUUUCUUGUAAUGGAUUGAGUUUUAGCAUCCAAUGGCCAUAUCCACAUUGUUGGCCAUGUUCUCAAACUGUAUUUGGACAGCAAUCAAAUUAAGCUUCACAGGUGAGAGAAAUGAGCUCCGCCUGCCUCGAUGGGAUGGUUCACCUCUCACCUGGGUUUGUCCUCAGCAUGGGCAGCGCCUAAGAGCAUCCUGAGGACUCCUCUGUUAACUUUCUGGAGGCUAAAGGAUUUUGGCCAUAGCGCUUUUUCUUUUUGCAAGCCAAGCGACUGUGUCUCGUGCACGGUCAGGACCCUGCUGGCAUUUCAUAGAUAAUAAAGAAUGGUGAAAAUCCUG